AUGUGGUCCGAUAUAGAAUGGUUGGAAGAGGGAGGUGAUUGGGAAGAGCCCACCACCUGCUACACUGAAAACCUCCUUGCGCUCAAACAGCAAGGGGCUGCAACGGAGAUAGCUCUUCUAUACGACCUUUCAUUCCUGAACCCAUGUCGCAGCUUAUUCCAGAUGCGCCAUGCGAUCAUCUCUCCUGACUUCAAUUGGCACUAUAUCUGA